AUGACUGUCAGACUUAUCGUGCUUGGAAUUUUUCUACUAAUUUCUAGUCCAUGUUUUUCCGUAAAUAUCUUAGGAUUUUUGGGUCAGGCUUACCGUAAACAUUUAAUUCAAUUCCGCGAAGAUCCUCAAUUCGGAAAUAAAAAAAUAUUAGAUGAGUACGAUUUUAUAGUGGUAGGAGCUGGUGCUGCAGGAGCAACGGUCGCCCGACGAUUAGCUGAGGUGUCGAAAUGGAACAUACUACUAUUGGAAGCUGGUGGAGAAGAAUCAUUGAUAACUUCUCUUCCAAGUAUUGCUCACUAUUUACAAUUUACAAAUUACAAUUGGGCAUACCACACGGAGGAGGAGUUACAUGCUUGUAGAGGACUUGUAAACAAGACUUGCCCUUGGCCGGCAGGAAAAGGAUUGGGAGGAAGCACAAUAAUUAAUAACAAUAUGUACACAAGGGGUAAUGUAAGAGAUUUCGAUCGUUGGGCAGAAGCAGGAAAUCGAGGGUGGUCUUAUAAGGAAGUACUACCUUAUUUCCUAAAAAACGAAGACGUAAACAUACCGGAACUAAAAAGGUCCCCCUAUCACGGGGUGGGAGGACCAUUGCCAAUUAACUAUCCUGAUUAUAAGUCGAAACUGGUCGAAGCGUUCUUGGAGUCAGCACCUGAGGUCGGUAUGUCUGUUGGUGACUAUAACGCUCCGGGUAGUCAUGUGGUAUUUUCCAGAAUUCAAAGUACAACAUCGAGUGGCAGACGAAUAACUUCUGCUAGAGCUUAUCUCCACGACAACUUAAAUAAUCUGCACAUAGUCGAAUUCGGGUAUGUCACAAAAAUAUUGAUAGACGACCGAACAAAAGUGGCGUAUGGAGUAGAGUUUAUGAAGAAUAAAAAGAAAAGAAGAGUUCUGGCUAAAAAGGAGGUAAUAAUAUCAGCAGGCACGUUCAACUCGGCUAAACUGUUAAUGUUGUCAGGUAUUGGGCCCAAAGAACAUCUGGGUCCUUUAGGUAUAAAGACCGUGAGUGAUUUACGCGUGGGAGACAACUUACAAGAACAUCCAGCAUUUGCCGGGUUGGCUUUUCUAGUGAACGAAACUGUAUCGUUUGUUCCGGACAGAAUAUUUCGUGACUUAAUAAACGAAGCAUUUAAAAUAAACGAAAAAAGGAGUUUUAUGACAACCUUGCCACCCGAAGGUGUUGGCUACGUGAAAACCAAGUACAACACGGAUGUAGGAGACAUACCCGAUAUCGAGUAUAUAUUCAUGUCUACCAGUUUGGCGGGGGAAGGGGGUUUGGGUGGCAGUAUUGGACGGAGAUCGAUGGGUGUACCCGACAGGCUGUACUACGAAACGUAUAACGGCGCUUUGGCACGUGACACGUGGUCAAUUUGGGUCAUGUUGAUGUACCCGGAGAGCAGAGGACAGGUAAGGCUGCGCAGUGCUAAUCCGUUCGACAAGCCGGUGAUCAACGCCAACUUUUUCACCGACCGUAUGGACUUGAAACGAAUCGUGGAAGGCAUCAAAAUGACGAUCGAGCUCAGCAAGACCAAGGCGUUUCAGAAGUACGGUUCCCGGUUACACAAAACACCCCUGCUCGGGUGUAGACACUUGGAAUUCGGCACCGAUCCGUACUGGGAGUGUUGCGUGGAGACGAUGACAAUGCAGAUGCACCACCAGAGUGGCACGUGCAAAAUGGGACCGGAAUGGGAUCGAAACGCCGUAGUGAACCCUGAGCUGAAGGUGUACGGUGUGAAUAGACUGAGGGUGAUAGACUGCUCCAUAAUGCCCACGAUUACAGGCGCCCAUACUGUGGCGCCGACCUAUAUGAUUGGCGAGAAAGGCGCCGAUUUAGUCAAGUCUACUUGGUUGAAUAACAUCCAAGCAGACUUGUGA